CGUACCGAUUGUGAUGACUGAAGAACAACGGCAAAUACAUAAUUCUAAGAGUGAAUGUGAUUUCUGUAAAACAUCAUUCGGUGGGAAAAUACUUAAAGUAGCAGAUCACAAUCAUCUCACAGGUCUUUUUAGAUAUACAUUAUGCAGCAAUUGUAAUUUAAAUCUCAGAACAGUUGACUUUGUACCCUGUUUUAUGCAUAACUUAUCUGCAUAUGAUGCGCAUUUCAUUGUCACGGAACUCGGUUAUGACACUAACACGAUUUCCUUAAUACCGAAUAGUGAGGAGAACUACGUAUCUUUCUCCAAACGUGUGAAUGAUGACUUCACUAUAAGGUUUUUAGACUCAUGUAGGUUCAUGGCUUCAAGCCUUGAGUCUCUAGCGAAGAACCUCACCACAAGCGAUCUGGAAAAGUUUCUAGAGACCGCCAAAGUGUUUCAACCUAUGGAUAUGCCCUUAGUCACACGGAAGGGGGUGUUCCCAUAUGAAUAUUGUGAUAAAUGGUCUAAACUCGAGGAAUCUACCCUCCCAUCAAAGUUUGAUUUCUACAGCGCUUUAACGGAAACACAUGUCAGUGACGAGGACUACUGUCACGCUACGAAGGUGUGGGAUCACUUUAACUGUACAUCACUCGGCGGUUACAGUGAUUUAUAUUUAAAAAUCGAUGUACUUUUACUUGCGGACAUUUUUGAAAAUUUCCGUGAUAUAUGUAUGAAAACGUAUAAUCUCGAUCCAGCAUACUAUUUCACUGCACCCGGAUUCAUAUUCGACUGUAUGUUGAAAUAUACUUCAAUAUCCUUGGAGUUGUUAACAGAUUACGAUAUGAUUUUGAUGAUGGAGAAUGGAAUAAGAGGGGGGUUAGUGCAAGCCAGUGAACGCUAUUGCAAAGUGAACAAUCCAAAAACGGAGGGAUAUGAUAACAGAGCACCACCAUCAUGGCUUGUGUAUCAAGAUUGUAACAACCUCUACGGGUGGGCUAUGAGUCAAUAUAUGCCGUAUGGAGGGUUCAAGUGGUUGGACGGUGAUAUGGAUCAAGCACUAAAGCUAUUGGAUGAAAUGGAUGAUACGUCUGAAGUGGGGUGUGUCUUUGAUGUGGAUAUAAGCUAUCCUGAUACCUUACAUGACAAACAUAAUGACUUACCGUUUCUUCCACGAAGUAAUACACCACCCGGGUCGAAGGUGUGUAAACUAAUGGCUACACUUGAGGGGAAACAGAGAUAUAUCUUUCAUUAUCUAAACUUGAAACAAGCGAUAGAAAAUGGAUUAGUCGUUGAUAAGGUACAUAGGGUGUUGGAAUUUAAGCAGUCGCCUUGGUUAGCCAAAUAUAUUAACCUAAACACAGAGAUGCGAAAGAUGGCUACUAAUAAUUUCGAGAAAGAGUUCUAUAAACUCAUGAACAAUGCUGUAUUCGGUAAGACAAUGGAAUGUGUUCGACGGAGAAUCGAUUUGAGGCUCGUUUCAUCUCCUAAAACGAUGAGGAAGUUGAUUAACCGUCAUACAUUUAAACACUGUACACAAUAUAACAAUAACCUGACAGCAGUUUCAUUAGAAAACAAGGUUAUUAAAUUCGAUAAGCCAAUAUACAUAGGAUUUGCAGUCUUGGAUAUUAGUAAAACGUUAAUGUAUGACUAUCAUUAUAAUGUCAUGCAACGACAUUAUAAUGAUAAAAUUAGGUUGAUGUAUACAGAUACAGAUUCACUGGUAUAUCGGAUAACGACUGAGGAUUUUUAUAAAGAUGCCAUUGACAACCCAAUCCUCCUAAAUCGUAUGGAUACAUCGAAUCUUCCUAGAGAUCAUCCGUGCUAUGUAGGUAGCCGUGCAAGGAUACCGGGAUUGUUCAAGGAUGAAACAGAGGGGAGAGUAAUGUCUGAAUUCAUAGCGCUCCGAGCAAAGUCUUACUCAUUCAAAAUCGUUGGGCGGGAGGCGAUUGUGGCUAAAGGUAUUCGAGGACUUGUGGUCCGUAACCACCUUACCUUUGAUGAUCAUAAACGUUGUCUGUUUGAGAACGAUAAUGAUGAUGAUGAUGAUGACGUUGAUGAUGGUGGGAGGGAUAAGGUUAAUGAGAAUGAUUUCACCGAUGAUGAUGAUGAUGAUGCUGAUUACAACUUCGGUGGUGGUGGUGGUGGUGGUGGUGGUGGUGGUGACGAUGAGGAGCGGAAAGAUAGAAAAAUGAAGAGGAAUGCACUUUUAGGUUUCCAAUCCGUCAUCAAAGCGAUCCAUCAGAAUGCUACCGCCACCACAGACGAUAAUCAAUCUUCUACGAUUCAACUACCACCCUACACUCCGUAUACACCAUAUAGAGUGAAUAUUUCGAUCCGCUCGUUUAAACAUCAAGUUAAAACGAUUAAGUCGUUAAAAAAGACGCUUAAUCGUUUCGAUGACAAACUAGUUGUUAGCGAGGAUCGGAUACAUACACUCGCAUAUGGUCAUUACAAAUUACGUGUGGUGUGA